UUCUUGGAACAAAACUAGCGUGGAGCCACGGGGCUCCGCAAUUUGCGUACACUCGAAUUAACUCUUGCUCCGACUGUCCGCGUGGAAUCCGCGAGUGGUGCGGUUCCCCUACGCAAGUUGCGUUACCCUAGUGAAUGGCUGGGUGGUGCGUGUACGCCUAGAACGUAGCACCCAUUAGGCGGACCGGGUGCGGCUGCGCAGGGACCUGAGUGGGCCUUGUACGCCGCUAGCGUAGUGUGGUGUCUGACGUGCGGGCUUCCGCGACGCAGUUAGCGCAGCCAGCUUUGGUGAAUACACGAUUUGGUGCAGCCGGGGUUUGGUACCGAGCGGAGAGGAGAUGCACACGGCACUCGAGUGUGAGGAAAAAUAGAAAUGAAGGUACAUAUGCACACAAAAUUUUGCCUCAUUUGUUUGCUGACAUUUAUUUUUCAUCAUUGCAACCAUUGCCAUGAAGACCAUGACCAUGGUCCUGAAGAGCAUCACAGACACCAUCGUGGAAUGGCAGAGUCGGAGUCAAGCAAAUUUUCAGUGCUGGAUGCUGAAAAUGAAAAAAAAUAUUAUAUUGAAAAACUUUUUGACCGUUAUGGUGAAAAUGGAAGAUUAUCCUUUUUUGGUCUGGAGAAACUUUUAACAAACUUGGGCCUUGGAGAAAUAAAAGUAGUUGAGAUUAAUCAUGAGGAUCUUGGCCACGAUCAUGUUUCUCACUUAGAUAUUUUGGCAGUUCAAGAGGGAAAGCAUUUUCACUCUCAUAACCACCAGCAUUCCCAUAAUCACUUAAAUUCAGAAAAUCAAACUGUGACCAGUGCAUCAACAAAAAGAAACCAUAAAUGUGAUCCAGAGAAAGAGACAAUUGAAGUACCUGUCAAAUCUGAUGAUAAACAUAUGCAUGACCAUAAUCAUCGCUUAUGUCACCACCAUUGUUUGCAUCAUCACCUUGAUCAUAACACUACUCGCCAUUUUUCUAAUGAUUCCAUUACUCACAGUGAGCGUGGGGAGCCCAGCCAUGAACCUUCAACAGAGACCAAUAAAACACAGGAACAAUCUGAAAGUAAGCUACCGAAAGGAAAGAGGAAGAGAAAAGGGAAGAAGAGUAAUGAAAAUUCUGAGGUCAUUACACCAGGUUUUCCCCCUAACCAUGAUCAGGGUGAACAGUAUGAGCAUAAUCGGGUCCACAAACCUGAUCGUGUACAUAACCCAGGUCAUUCUCAUGUACGUCUUCCAGAACAUAAUGGUCAUGAUCCUGGUCAUGGACACCAAGAUCUUGAUCCUGAUAAUGAAGGUGAACUUCGACAUACUAGAAAGCGAGAAGCACCACAUGUUAAAAAAAGUGCAAUUUAUUCAACUGCAAGUCACAAAGACCAUAAUGAAGAUGACCGUCAGCAUGAGUGUUUGAACGUCACUCAGUUGUUAAAAUACUAUGGUCAUGGUGCCAACUCUCCGAUCUCACCUGAUCUUUUUACGUACCUGUGCCCUGCUUUGUUAUAUCAAAUUGACAGCAGACUUUGUAUUGAGCAUUUUGACAAACUUUUAGUUGAAGAUUUAACUAAGGAUAAAAACAUGGUUCCUGAAGAUGAGGCAAAUAUAGGGGCAUCAGCAUGGAUUUGUGGUAUCAUUUCUAUCACUGUCAUUAGCCUGCUUUCCUUGCUUGGCGUAAUCUUGGUUCCCAUCAUUAACCAAGGAUGCUUCAAAUUCCUUCUCACAUUCCUUGUCGCUCUAGCUGUUGGAACAAUGAGUGGAGACGCCCUUCUUCAUCUCCUGCCCCAUUCUCAGGGUGGACAUGAUCACAGUCAUCAGCAUGCACAUGGGCACGGGCAUUCUCAUGGACAUGAAUCUGAGAAGUUUUUGGAAGAAUAUGAUGCUGUGUUGAAAGGACUUGUUGCCCUAGGAGGCAUUUACUUAUUAUUUAUCAUUGAACACUGCAUUAGAAUGUUUAAGCACUACAAACAGCAAAGAGGGAAACAGAAGUGGUUUAUGAAGCAGAGCACAGAAGAAUCAACUAUUGGAAGGAAGCUUUCAGAUCAUAAGCUAAAUAAUACACCAGAUGCUGACUGGCUUCAGCUCAAGCCUCUUGCCGGAACUGAUGACUCGGUUGUUUCUGAAGAUCGACUUAAUGAAACUGAACUGACAGAUUUAGAAGGCCAACAAGAAUCCCCUCCUAAAAAUUAUCUUUACGUAGAAGAGGAGAAAAUCAUGGACCAUUCUCAUAGUGAUGGGUUGCACACCAUUCACGAGCAUGACCUCCAUGCUGCUACGCACAACCACCAUGAUGAGAGUAAGACUGUGCUGAGGAAACAUAAUCACCAGUGGCACCACAGACAUUCUCAUCAUUCACAUGGUCCCUGUCAUUCUGGAUCAGAUGUGAAAGAAACAGGAAUAGCUAAUAUAGCUUGGAUGGUAAUCAUGGGGGAUGGCAUCCACAACUUCAGUGAUGGGUUAGCCAUUGGAGCAGCUUUCAGUGCUGGAUUGACAGGAGGAAUCAGUACUUCUAUAGCCGUCUUCUGUCAUGAACUACCACAUGAAUUAGGUGAUUUUGCAGUUCUUCUUAAAGCAGGCAUGACUGUAAAGCAAGCAAUUGUAUACAACCUGCUGUCUGCCAUGAUGGCUUACAUAGGCAUGCUCAUAGGCACGGCUGUUGGUCAGUAUGCCAAUAACAUCACCCUCUGGAUCUUUGCCAUCACUGCCGGCAUGUUCCUCUAUGUAGCCUUGGUAGAUAUGCUUCCAGAAAUGUUGCAUGGUGAUGGUGACAAUGAAGAACAUGGUUUUUGUCCAGUGGGGCAAUUCAUUCUUCAGAAUUUAGGAUUGCUGUUUGGAUUUGCCGUCAUGCUGGUGAUUGCCCUCUAUGAAGACAAAAUUGUGUUUGACCUCCAGUUUUGAUCAUUCCCAGUAAUCACUGUUGAUUACGAGAAUGUUACCAUGCCGCUUUGCAUCUGUUUCUUGUACUGUAUGCACAUUGCUCAAAGAAAAGUCAGUGGCUUGCACUACUUAUAAGUUCCAUAGAUUUGAGCUAAACCCCAAGAAUGGUGCUCAGUACUGUUUUCCCUGUGUGAAGGGGUCUUUUAAAAUAUAGAAAGCUUGUGAUAAAGAGGAGAAAAUGGGACUCCAUGAACUAAUGUUGAUAUAGGUUUGAUUAAGACUUUUUAAAAAAUAAUCAUAUAAAACACUAAAGUAGUCUCUUUAUUAGUAGAAACUUCUGUGGCUAUGCAGAAAUAGAAAUUGAACCAAAAAAAUCACUUAACUUUAAGAAUAUUUUAAAUGGACUUUGGGCAGACUUUUCUUUGUGCUAAAAGUGAAUUGUGUCCUUUAAUUCAGCUACAUAUAUAUAUAUGGUAAUAGGGAUCAACUGAUGACUUUGAAAUUGCAUAAAGUAGACUAUAGGACCUAGAGGAAAGCUCAGGCUGAGUUAGAGAGUGUGAAUUUAGCAUUGGGAAAAGCCCUUAUUCUUGAAUCUAGAGUUACUAUUUUUGUAUAUAUUUGCAUAGUGGUUAAACUUGCAGCCUCAACUACUGAAAUUUGUGAUUGUAUGUUUGUGUGACCAGUUUAAUGAAAGAUUCAUAAUGGUUCUUUGUAUUAAUAUUAUACUUGGUGUUUGAUUUUUUUUUUUUUUUUUUAACUUUUGCGUUACAGUUUUGGGGGGGGGUAGGGGGUGGAGCAUGUGAUAAAAUGUGGGGUAUUUUUUUUCUUGUUAAAAUUGUAACCCUCUAGAAUAUAUCAGAGAAAUGAAGAACCCAAACGUGGUCUAAAUAUUCAAUGUUCCUACUUUAACAGUACUAACUAGUUAUUUGGGAAAUUUAAGUUCUAAAUGUAUGCAUUGCUUUACCAGUUUGGCAUUGCAACCAUGUUGUGGCUGGCAGUAAAUCCAAAUGUACCAUGUCCAUAAUCUGUACAUGGAGUGUCAAAAUGGUUAUGAGGAUAACUCCAUUUAUACUAUGGCUAUUGUAGUACCAAGUGACUUGGAGAUAUAUUUAAAUAACUCAACUGAAAUCACUUGAUCAUUUUGUGCCAAGAUAUGCUGUUGGUGCCUAAUAGGGAUUAGUCUCUUUUUUAGGUGCCCUUUUCUCCUACAUAAUUGUGAUUGAUUUGUGAGAAGUGCAAGCCAUGUUUAUUCUGAAUUUUGACCUAAUAAUUUGUAGUGCUAGCCAUAUGCAUGUAGCUUUCUGUUUACACCUUGUGCCACAUGGUCUUCAUUUAUGCCAGGUAAACUGUAUUUUAACUAUGUGCAGGUAGCUUUCUUUUAAUCUGCUUGGCUACCAAUGUAGCUGCUUUAAAAAUCUUAUUGUUCAAAUAUUUAAGAGCUGAACUCUUUCCAUUCCAUUAAAAUGUUUUCAUUUAGUUGUCCUCCUUUCUUCAGUUCCUUUCCUCUUACUUUAUAAACAAAAACCACAAAACUUUGAGAGCAGCACAUGCAUUCAGGUAUUAAUAAAGUAUUACCAGUGUUUCUUCUUUAUGCUGUAACCAAGGGAUCUUAGGUAUUAUUUCCUUAAUUUAUGCCUGAAUUUGAAAAAUUAUUUCUGGCUUUCUCCAUGAUCUCCUGUAACAAAUAGCAGUUUUAUAUAUACAUAGAUUAUUUUCAGCAUUGGGCACUGAAUUAGGACAGUUUUCAUCUCAUUGCUUGGCCCUUCAAGCAGCCUCGCUAAAAAGUGCUGAUAUUUUAUUUAGUACUGCCAGCUUCAAGUGAUUCAAGUAUCUUGCUUUCUGAACCAAGGUAUAUUUAUAAUUCAUUUUUGGGUUUUUAUACCCAAGGAGGAUUCUGCAUUCCAGCAUUAUUAAAUCUGCUUAAUUGAAAUACUUUUAUGAAAAGCAACAGCUGGAAUAUACUCCCAGUCUUAAAAUAAAUGCCUGAUUUAAAGCAAAUAGGUUAUGCUGAAGUAUAUAACAUUUUAUAUUUCUCAAAAAUAUGGUAUCUUUAUUUGCUAGAUUUUUUUUUAACAUUUUAAGAGGGCUGUAAACAGUUGCUGCUAGUAUUUUGUUAGGGUUCCACCAGUAUUUAGUUUUCACAUCAUUCUAAUGUAUAAUUUCAAGUCUUACUAGACAAUCUGAAUUCCACUACAUUUCUGUUUAGCUCCAACAUUCCAUUUAGCUUGACCAGCCUAAUUUAACAUGUGUUUGUUGGAGGUUAUUAAUGUUACUUGUACAAUGCUGUCACUGUGUGACAUCCAUAUCAAUUUUGGUGUAUAUCACAUUGCGUUCAAUCAGCUGUGAUUAUGCUUAGAAAUACUGUAGUAACUAGAUGCAGUGUGAAUUUUUUCCAUUAACAAUAAGUCAGUGGCUUAAACGUGAUUAUGGUCCUGCAAGGUGAUACUUGCUAAAAUAUCUAAACUUUUUUUUGUUGUUGUAACUGAAUCAUUUUUUUUAAAUUUUGAGGAUGAAAAUGAUCAAAUGCUGUUAUUUUGCAUUGUCAACAGUGGUGUGUCAUUUUAUGUAUGUUCCUAAUGCUUAUGGAACGCUCCCAAAAUAAAGUUAUUCAAAAAGAGCAAA